AUGUACUCCCCAUUUGAGAUGGACGACUCCGCAUACUCCGACUGCACUUCUUCCUCCAACAGUGUAUACGACAGGACUUCUUCCAAUAGCCCAUUCGACGCUAACGCCACCCUACGAGGUCUCCCAAACAAAUCAUAUUUCGAGUCGGGCCAACAAAUAAACGAAGAAGCUCACUGGCAAACCCAGGCCCCACGGAACUCCCACGAAAGGUUGAGUAAGUCUUCCAUUCUCAGCCUUCAGGGAAGUGGGCCCUCGUAUGGUGGCCCUAGCCAGCUCUGGUCGGCUGGUUGCUAUCAAACUCGGACUGAUGCAAACCCAUCUAUCCCAAGCCAACCAACGGUCCAGUCUUACGAUGUUGCCUUUUGGCCGGUGUCGCAAGAUGGGAUAAUUGUUCGCGGUGUGGACCCAGAACCAUUGAUCACCGACUUCCCUGCGAGUGAGGAUCUUGAUACGCAAAGUGUAUAUCUUCACCCAAAAUUCUCCUAUCCACAACCGGUAUCCGAUUGUGAUGGUAGUAGCCUUACCGCUUCCCUGUCGAGAAGGCUCUCGGACGCAUCGACCUCCAUCUCAGCGGACCUUAUCCCCUACGAUAACAUUUUGUCCUCGCAAGAAAACAAUAAUGCUUCAACUCUCUCCUUCAAUGACCAAUUCGGUGGCCGUGGGGCCUCAGCUCAUUCCUGUGCCUCAACUACCAACCCAUCCCCUCUCCCAUCCCCUCGAAAUAUGUCCGAUCUUGUUCGGGUGCCGAGUAGGGGAAAGGCAUCACCAUCUCCAAGACAAAAUUCUCGACUCACGCCGUAUUCCAUGGAAGGCCGGAACAAAAGAUGGUCUACGGGCAUGAACCUCCCGGGUAGCAGUCCGUUUGGUGGAUACGGAAACCUUGUAACCUCGAUAGCCUCGACACUUGAGCUAGCAAAUGGACCUAACAUGUCAGAAGCGGGAAUCUUGCAUACCCUGAAUGAGUGCUCACCAGGUCAUUGUGAAUCCGAUGCAUUUCUUUACCCACAAUACAAUCACGCCGUGUUCCAUGCCAACCGUGUACCGCCAACCUUCUUACCGGCUCGGCCGCUUCUAGAGUCACAGGUUGACCACCCUUUCCCUACCGGACAACAGGCAUACCUACGCAUGCUCCAGUCAAACAAUGAUCCACACUAUCACUAUGGCGACAUGUGCAGCCCCCCAGAUCUCUACGCCGCUUUAUCUGAGGAACAGUUGGACCCGCCAGAGGAAGACAUGAAUCCCGAAGACCCCGACAUGAAGCCGCAUGAACAGGAGCUUCGAUUCGAGGGUGAUUUGUAUACCCCAAAGUGGGUUCGUAAUCAUGGGAAUAAAAGGGAAGGGUGGUGCGGCAUUUGCAAGCCUGGAAGGUGGCUCGUCUUGAAGAAUUCUGCCUUCUGGUAUGACAAGUCUUUUACCCAUGGCAUCAGUGCCGCUACCGGCCAGGCGUUCAUGGAGCCACAGGAUGUCCGUCGCGUGGAUGGUAAUCCAGAUGUAUGGGAAGGCCUUUGCCAUUCUUGUCACGAAUGGAUAAGUCUCGUAAGCAAUAAGAAGAAGGGAACGACCUGGUUUAGACACGCUUACAAAUGCCAUGUCCACCAAGCUCCUAAGAUCAAGGGUACUCCAAAGCGCCGAAUAAGAGACUCCCGCCCCGGAACUGCUAGAUCUUCGGAUAGCACCUAA